UUUCAAUUCAAAUGGAAAGGUUGCAGUUGCAACAUUUGACAGUUAGCCGCAAAGUUCUUUAAUUAGUGUCAAUAUUUUUAUUUUCAUAUUAGCUUUUUAUAAAAUAUUUGCUUUGUGUUAAACAGCUAUACCGAUAAACCAAUUAUGGACAGAAGUUGCUAUACAUUUUACAGAUAACAUAAUGGAUAUUUACUUCAAAAUCAACUAUCUUACAUUAAACAUCAGGGGUUCGGAUCUACAAUAAAUUAAGAUGAAGAAGAAACGGACACAAAUACUUCUCUCCCACAACAUUUUUCCAGAUUCACUGAAAUGAAUUAAGAAAUAGAGGGAGCCUGCGAUUUAUGAACUGACCACACUGUUCCAAAGUGAUAUACCGGUAGUGGAGAAAAACUGUGGGGAUGGAACACUCAAGUCAACUAGAGUUAACUCCCGCAUUGUAUGGACUAACGAUGAAUAUCAUCAACGACACUUAUGUGACAGAAUCUUCAGAGCUCGUUAAAAAUGAAGGGAAUCUAGCUUAUCAAACCAGUUUGGCAGUGAUUCUCUUCGUUUUCACCCUCGCAACUACUUUAUCCAAUGCAUUUGUCAUCGCGACGAUCUAUCAUUCGAAGAAACUGCACACUCCAGCAAACUUUCUAAUUGCGUCCCUAGCAGUCACCGACCUCUUGGUUUCGAUACUGGUUAUGCCUGUAUGUGUUCUGUACACGGUGAGUCACACAUGGACUCUGGGACAGGUUAUAUGUGACAUUUGGCUGUCCUCCGAUAUAACAUGUUGCACUGCUUCAAUCCUUCACUUAUGCGUAAUCGCUUUGGAUCGAUACUGGGCAAUUACAGACGCAGUUGAGUACUCCAAAAAGCGCACGCCAGCGCGAGCGGCAGGGAUGAUAGCGACUGCCUGGGUCAUCGCCAUCUCCAUCUCCCUGCCUCCGCUUUUCUGGCGGCAGGUGAAGGCAGAGGAGUUAACCCAAUGUAAUGUAAACACGGACCACAUUUUUUACACUAUUUACUCCACGUUUGGGGCUUUCUACAUCCCCACUUUACUUCUUAUUGCGCUUUAUGGAAGAAUAUACGUUGAAGCCCGUAAGAGAAUUCUGAAACAGUCACCCAAAAAGGUAGGAAAAAGACUCACUUCAGCACACCUGAUCACAAACUCCCCUGGAUCUGCGGCUUCAUCAUCGUCUUUGCUUUGUGGAAGACCAGAUAUCCACUCCACUGACUCCGGGUCGUUGGCGAGUGAGAACCAAGUGAAAGUAACUGUGUCUGACGCACUUCUGGAGAAAAAAAAGAUCUCCGCUGCUAGGGAGAGGAAAGCCACCAAAACAUUGGGAAUAAUAUUAGACGGGCUCUCGAGACUGGAUAGUGCUGGAGAUACCACAGGCCUUUUCAGAACUGGGUAAAACUGCUUUAGAAUAUUUUGCCCCACACUUGUGGAACGUCUUUAAUAGUGAU